AAUGGCAAGAGGUACACCAGCUAUUGGUAAAAGACAUUAAAAAACUCAUACAUUUUGUAAGAGAUGUGGUCGAUAAACAUUCCACAUUUAAAAAAAUAGAUGUGCUUCAUGCGGAUAUCCAGCUGCAAGAUUAAGACUUUGUAUAAAAAUCAAUUAAUAUGCUCAUAGACAGCGGAUGGGGAGAAAAAGUUGCUAGACGUAGAUCAACAGGAACAGGAAGAAUGAGAUAUUUGAAAUCUAUUGCUAGAAGAGCUAAGAAUGGUUUUAGAGCAGGAACUUAAGCAUAAUAAAAAGUCAAAAGCACUUAGAAAAAAUGAU